UUCAGCAUCACUACAUUUGGUCCCCAGCUCCUGGUGACUCAAGACUGGGAUUCCCAAGAGGAAGCGAAUGAUGAUGACCAACGAGCCUCAAAGAACUACUUCCUUGCCACUGUGGAGUACGGCUUACACGUAUUCAACCUGAGGAGCCAGGACAGGAAUGCCUACAGGGUGGUGCGCAUCCUGAGGUCAUGGAAGGAGCCGGUCGAUUUCGGCAUCGUGUUCUCCACGGAGCUGCAGCUCAGCCGAACCAGGUGUGGGAAAUUUGACGAAGACAUUGACAACUGUCCGUUUCAAGCAAGGCCAGACGUGAACAAUACCAUCACCUGCUUCUUUACAAUCAUCACUGACCCAUGGAGAACAAAGUUUCAACUCCUGAACAACACCUGCUCGGAAGGCUCCCCUGACUGA